AUGUACGAGCAUGUGGAAACACAUUACAAGACGGAAGUACAGAUAACCGAAGUCCGGAGUCAAGGGGAUUACCAUAAGGGGAUAGACACUGAUUUAAGGUUCUGGGUUCAGGGAUGGAUACAGAUGAUAUCCAGAGACCUGGAUAUGAAGGUAAAUGGAUCUGGGCCGAUAGUGGACUGGAAGUCUGGGGGCAUGGAUAAGGGUAUGGAGGGGUGCAUGGAUGAGGAUAUGCGGAUGUGUGCAUGUGCAGGGGUGCAGGGAUCCAGACAGAUAAAGGAUCAGAGGUCUGGAGGCUUGGACAGGGGGUAUGGAGGUCCGGAUGUCUAUACCUCUCCCACUGCACACUUGCUUCCCGAUGUCAUUCCUUAUGAGCCUCUUUGGGACCCUCGCGAAGACCACAAUUCUUCUCCCGAUGAUACUGAUAGGCCGCUCUCUACAUGUUGGGUGUACGGAGCUUGUCUGUGGUUUCCUCUUAUACCUUUGAAUCCUACCUUCGAUGGGCCAAUCUUUGGAUGGCUCAAUCACUCCAGGUUCUCACUCCUCAUGGAGGUGGAUUCACAGGGAAAGCACGUUCUCCACCACGAUAUUCGGGAAAAAUGGGUCGCCUUAGAGCAGAAAUUGCUCUGGUGCCAGGAACAUUUGGUCACAUACAGACACGAACCUUGCAAAAAAGGUCGCAAUGAGGUUGUGGAACACAUUUCUAUGCACGUAAUCGCCGCUACCCGCUCAUGGUACAUCAUGACUCAUCGACACCACAGUUCCAAUUGUCCCUGGACAGCUAUCUUAACGAAUGGCCCCAAGUAUCCCAUACCUGCUGAAUGGGUUCUUGAGUUGUCCCGCUCAUUCGUUGGAGAUCUCACAAUAGGCGUGCCACGUACAGGAGCCUUCAUUUCUUCCAAUCAGUGCCCUUGGCAAGUUCAAUUGCCCAUUUUUGAGAAGUUCUCAAUCCCGAUUUGGGUUUGCUUUUCCCAAAAUGUGUCUACUGUUGAUUCCAGCUUGCGUCAUUAUAUCCCAUCUCAGGGAGCUAUCACCCGUGCGACCGAGUCAGUCCAACGGGGUCAGCUAGAUGACAGUUCGUGGGGUCAGCAGGAUGACAGUACAUGGGGUCAACCGGUCAACAACGGUCAGCGCACCCUUGGAUGGGACAGUAGUGUACUUGGAUGGGGUCAAGCCAGUGGAGAGCAGCCCAUAUCCGAUAUUCCUGAAGUCCAUGUAAACUCUCUAUUUCCAAUCCCCCAACCCCACUCUGGACGAAAGCAAGGAGAAGAUUGGAAGGCAUUCUUUGCAUGGUGCUGUGAGGAGAAUAAGAAAAAAGAGGAGAAAGAGACACCAGCUCGACGUCAGUCCCGUCAGAGCCGCGAGUCUGCAGCAAUGAGCCACAGCAUUCCUGGCAAAUCUAGCACAGUCGUGGUGUUCUAA